AUGGGUGCCGUCUUUUCUUGUAUAGCGGACCUCUUCCGCUCCAUCGGUGCAUGCAUCAUGGGUGUCGUGAACGCCAUUGCAACCGGUAUCAAGGUCGUCAUCAACGGCAUCGUCUCAGUCCUCGGCGUCCUCGUCUCAUGCCUUACCUGCGGAUAUUGCGGACGGAAAAGGCGGGGCACACGAGGGACGCAUCAUAGAUCGCGGGCAGUAUUUUAG